AUGGGCCAGACAGCCUUGCAGUUAUCCAGAGCGCUGGCCAAUCUGCCCCAGCCUCCCCAACAUUCCCCAACAACCUUGAACUACUCUCACACACUGGAGGGAUUGUGCAAUGGUAUGACCACUCUGAAAGGUACCAGUUUCUCACGGGAAUCUCAAGGCCGUGACCCACGAAGCCUGGGCCUGGCCGUGUCCACCUUGGCUCCUCUCUGUCCGGACCUGACUGAUGGUCACAGAACCUGCCUGCAUGUUAGCCGGGGAAUACGGUCGGAGUUGAAGCCCACAAGGAGGGCAGAGCGGCCGGCACCCGUGGCUCUGUGUGUGACCGAUCCUUCGGGCACCUACCAUGCCUGGAAGGCAAAUGCUAUUGGCCGAGGGGCCAAGUCAGUGCGGGAAUUCCUUGAGAAGAACUGCACGGUUGAGGCUGUUGAGACAGGCGACCUGGCCAUCAAGCUGGUCGUUAAGGCUCUCCAGGAGUUGGUCCGGUCAGGUGGCAAAAACAUCGACCUGGUGGUCAUGCGAUGUGACCAGCCCCUCGAGAUUUUAAAUCCUGAAGAAAAUGAGAAAUAUGUCACUGAGAUUGAAAAGGAGAAAGAGGAAAAUGAAAAGAAGAAGCAAAAUAAAGCAGCCUUGUCGUGA